CACAGUGCAGACAUGUCGCAAUCGGAUACGAUACCAGUUUAUCUUGUGGCGUUUUAACAUUCAUAUUCAAAGUAGUAGUUGAAGAAAGUUAAGCUUAUAUAUAAAAUAUGUCUGUGAGUAAGUUAAGAGUUUACGACCAUUGCAACAACACCAUGCAAGCACUACAAAUGCAGAGAGGCAAUAAGCUUCACUGUGAUGUCACAAUAUUAGUGGAAAGACAAGAAUUUCCCGCCCACCGAUGUGUCUUGUCUGCCAGCAGCGAAUAUUUUAACAAGAUGUUUUCAACAAAGAUGUCCGAGCAGUUUAAGAAAAUCAUUGAAAUAAAAGGAAUCAACAAGAGAGCAAUGGCACAAGUUCUUGACUUUAUUUACACCGAUACAAUUGAGUUGUCUGUGGAAAAUGUACAAGCAGUUUUACACACUGCUUCUCUUAUGCAAAUACAAGAUCUUCUCAAUCUUAUAAUUGAAUAUUUAUUCGAUGAAAUAUCUGGUGAGAACUGCUUACAUUUCCACAACCUUGGUCGACUUUAUUCGUUGGAAAAUCUCAUGAAGAAGGCAGAAGAAUGUUGCCUUGAAAAUUUUGAUACCGUUUGUGUGCAAGACAACUUCUGUGAGAUAAAACUUGAGGACUUUGAAAAAAUUCUGAAAUCAGAAGAUUUAAUUGUGGAAUCUGAGACAGUUGUGUUCGAGUCAUUAAUGCGAUGGACAGAGUAUGAUCUUGACGCACGAACAGAUUCCUUCCAAAGAAUGUUUCAGCACGUUCGCUUGCAAUUACUGGAUGCGGAAUAUAUCUUUAAGGAAAUUUUGAACCAAGAACUCGUGAGAGUUUCUUCAGUAUGUAGAGAUGCAAUAGAUUCCGCUUUGUAUUUCCAUGUUGAUCCAUCUCCUUUCAUUGCUCAGAAAUACAGAGGAACUUUACCAACUGGAAACAUUGUUUUUGUUCCGUCCAGUACUGAGUUGAUGGGCAAAGUGGAAAUGGCUGAUGAUGAAUGUAAAUGGUCUUCAAUGAAGUUAUUAGGCAGGGGUGGUACAGAUGUGGUGGUGGGUUUACAGGACGGGCACUUGUGUAGUUUUGGUGGCUUUGAUCGUCCAAACCUAAACAGCAACAACUGCUCUUACCCAACUACUUCAGGAAAACACUUCGACGGUCGUAGCUGGAAAGACAUGGCGCCAGCACAAUGUUAUCUUGCAGGAUCUGCUGCCACUUUUAUUGAAGGAGACUUAUUUGUGUUUGGCGGUGUACGUUACAAACAACACGGCAACAGAGUUUUCUUUGCCAACUACAUAUCUAUGUUCACACCUUCACUCAAUACAUGGACCUAUGCCAAUGUUGCCAUUAUAUUUCGCACCAAUGCUGUGGCUGUGUCUUAUAAAGACACAGCUUACAUAUUGGGUGGUUUUAAACAAGUAGAAGGAACGACAUUAAACCAAAGCAAAGCCUGCUCUGAUGUUGAAAUAUACAAGAAAACCAGGAAAGUUAUGCAUCUUGGCAAUCAUAUGGUGCAAUCAAGGGCUUCAUUUGGGGCUGCUGUAUGGGAUGAUAAAAUAUUUGUUUGUGGCGGAAUUGGGGACGAUAAGACUGAACUGAACUCAUGUGAAUGUAUGAAGAUUGAAAGUGGAGUGUGGACAUUGUUCACAAGUAAAGUGCCUCGCCAGUUUGGUAGAGCAUCAAUUUGUUGUGUUGGGGAUCACAUUGUAAUUUAUUGCAGUUCAAGCCCUGGUCAGUUGACAAUAUAUGAUGCUUUGAAUGAUAGAUGGAUGACCAUACGAGAGGUUGGAAAAAAGUUGUUCCAUGGAAUAGGGCAUAUUAUGUUGGUGCCAAGUUAAAUGCAUAUUUAUUUAUUUACAAAAAUAUGAUUAUUUAUUAUGACAUGAAAGUAUCGUUGUUAAAGAAGGUUUGAGUUUUUGUGACAAGUGAAAUUAUGUUUUUGGGCAAUGGUGCCUUUAAAUUUAUUUUUAAUCUGCCAAAUAAAAUAUAUUUAUUCUGAA